GUCACCAAUACAUAUAGAGUCCUGGUCCAAUUCUCUGACAGUCAGAACCAGAAAGACGAGACAUUCAGGAGAGAAACCAGAGGAAAGAUCCAAACUAACGGGCCAUGUCUCUCAACGCUUCGUUGUCUCUUAAUGUCCUUCCUGUCCCCUCAACCUCCAACUCGUCUGACGUUCCCUUUUUCAUGACCUGUCGACUCUCAGUGGCCACGAGAGUGAUAUUCAUGGUUUACAGCAGCAUCAACUCUCUGCUGCUCCUCCCUCUCUACGUCUUCGUUCUCUACAUGGAGAUCCGGCGCUGGAGACGUCAGCACUCUGCCGGGGCGACACUGAGCCCCUCCGACUUCUUCACCCUCCAGAUGAUGAUCCUAGAGAUCAUUUGCGUUAUUGGAUCUGUCCUUUUCACGUCAAGCUUUUACAGGGAAAGUCAGAUUCUGCUCUUUCUGGGKGUAUUUUUAUUCUGUAUCAUUUUACCAGGACAAACAUUUUUACAUGUCCUGACCUGCGCUGACCGCUACCUCGCUGUUGUUCACCCCAUCGCCUACAUGCGCAGUAAGGAAACCCACAGGGUCAAAAUUAGAGUCAUCAGCAGCGCUUCGGUUUGGCUGCUGUGUUUGGGAUGGAUGAAGGUGCUACAGGUGAACUUGCCAGACUUUCCCUCUGUUCCUUUUUUCCUUAUUUUAGUUCUCACCGUAAGUGUGAUGGUUUUCUUCUGCUGUUCUGUCCUCYGGGCUCUAACUCGCCCAGCGUCAGCGGAGGCGGGCGAUCAGAAAAGACAGGCUGACCAAACCAAACGCAGAGCUUUUCACAUGAUCCUGGCCAUAACCGUCACUCUAGUGCUGAGAUUUGCUGGGCUCCUGGUGGGUUUUGGGUUAAAACACGUGCUCUUUCUGGAUCCCAGGAGGUUGUGCGGAUUCCUGGAUUCAGGAAUCUUCCUGACGUUUCCCAGUAGUCUGGUUCUACCGCUCCUGUUUCUGCACAGAGCGGGAAAACUAACCAGCUGUAUAAACUAG